GCAAAAUACGGCAGAAGGGAGCGGCCAAAGAGUGAACUGUCAAAAACUUAGGUAUUCUGAAGGUGUAUCUGUGUGCGACCAUGUGGCACGAGACCUACGAGGAGAUGAUGAACAUUAUCAUAUCAAUAUUCAGACUGGACGAGUACAGACCAAAAGAAGACCCAAAGAGCAAUGAUUUCACCUUUAAAGCUCAUAUCUACUUUGAUGAUGCAUUUGAAGCUGUUGGGGGGAGUCGCCAUCUGAAUAAAUAUGCCAAGAACCUUGUAGAAGUUAUUAAAGAGGUUUUUGGCAUCUUCAAGAACAUUGAUCACAAGUUCUUCAAAAAGCAGCAACAAGUCCCUGAUCAGAAAAUCAUACAGACGCCAUAUGGGGGUCGUCUUAUUGUCAACAUGCCUCAAGGGAACAAAAUUGUGGUUCACUUCAAGGAUAAAGAACUUAUCCGUCACAAAAAGAGAUGGUCUCAGAUCAUGUAUCUUUACUAUCUCCUGGGCUGGAAACUCACGAGAAAAUUUUACACUCGUUGGCAGAAGGGAGAGGAUGAGCAGAAGCUAAAAGAACAAGCUCAGAAAGAGAAGCACAACACCUACAUCCUGGCUUUGGAUGGGGACACUGACUUCCAGCCUGCUUCUGUGAUGUUGCUCAUCGACUGUCUGAGAAUAUACCCUCAUGUUGGGGCAGCAUGUGGCCGGAUUCAUCCCACUGGAUCAGGUCCUGUUGUUUGGUUCCAGAAGUUUGAGUAUGCUGUUAGUCACUGGCUGCAGAAGACAGCGGAGCACGUGAUUGGCUGCGUGCUGUGCAGCCCCGGCUGCUUCAGUCUAUUCAGAGCAGAGGCCCUAAUGGAUGACAAUGUGAUGAAGACAUAUUCUACCGAGUCCAAAGAGCCCAGUCACUACAUCCAGUAUGACCAAGGUUCUUUGCCACCGGUGACUCCUUCAAGACCAUUGCGUUCAGUUUCAGAGUCGAUGUGUCCACGGUGUGCCAGAUCACUCCCCAGGUAGCAACGGCCAUCUGGGACUGUCUAGUGGACAACUUCAUGGCUGUGCCUUCAACUGCAGACUGGCGGUCCAUCACAGAGAGAUUCCAGGAGCGCUGGAACUUCCCUCUCUGCUGUGGAGCUCUGGAU